CGAGAUACUGGUUCAACUACCGCCAUAUGGCGAACGCUCUGGGGAUGUAUCGCACCGUAAAGCGGCUCGGGAUACCAGACUCGAACAUCAUUCUCAUGCUGGCGGACGAUGCGGCGUGUAACGCUCGGAACAAGUACCCGGGUACCGUUUAUCACUCGGCUUCCAAAUCCCUCGACCUCUACGGAGAUAACAUCGAAGUCGACUACCGGGGAUACGAAGUCACUGUGGAGAAUUUCCUGCGUGUUCUGACAGGACGAGUGCCGUCAUUUGUGCCACGGUCAAAGCGCUUGCUCAGUGACGACCGGAGUAAUGUCUUUGUCUACAUGACCGGGCAUGGCGGCAAUGAGUUCCUGAAGUUCCAGGACAACGAGGAAAUCUCGGCAUUCGAUAUCGCCGAUGCUAUCGAGCAGAUGUGGCAGAAGGGCCGAUACAAUGAGCUCUUGUUCAUGAUUGACACUUGCCAGGCCAACACGAUGUACAGCAAGAUAUAUUCGCCUAACGUCCUGGCCACUGGGAGUGCGGAAGGAGGCGAGAAUUCGUACUCAUACGAGAACGACAACGACAUUGGCGUCGCCGUCAUCGAUAGCUUCACUCAUUGGGUGCUUGAAUUCAUGGAAGGCAUCAACAAGACAAGUGAUGCUACCAUGGCCGAUCUUUUCAAGACGUAUUCUUUUGACAAGAUACACUCGCACGCGGGGUAUCGCGCGGAUCUCUUCCGUCGGCCACUGGAUAAGACAUUAAUCACUGACUUCUUCGGUGCCGUGAGUCGCGUGGAGGUGAUCGACGCUUUCAGCGAGGAGAUGGCUCUUCCCAUGCAUCUUCUGUCCACAUCGGAUGCUCUCAACAAUGGCACAGAUGAGACAGUCGUAGCAAGUGAUGCUAUCCCGCAGGAGGACGAAACAUCAUCGAUGCUCAAGGAGUCUGCAUACCCUGAUCAGCAGAAAGCGGUCACGCCCACGUGGAAGAAGCAACUGAAAGCUUGGACGUCCUUAUGUCUCGUAGGGGCACUUAUAGGAGGUGUCGUGGCAUUCAGUCGUUAGUUGGUUUGCAUACGUAUUUAUUUGUACAUCAUCGGAGUAAACGAUCACAUCGUCGAUAGAACCUACAGCAUUCUCGCACUUCGACAUCGUUUAUAUUACAAGAUGGAAUGGAGUCGUACGUUGUCGACGCCCGCGAUUUGCUCACGCGAUCCUGUUACUGAAAGUGACUUGCAGAGUUGUGUGGUUGAGACCGUGGUCAUUGUUUUGCAGAAGGAAUUGGACCGUGG